CCUGUGUCACAUAGGACGAAAUGAGCCUUGGAUGAGAAGUACGAAAUGGCGGGGCAGAUAAAAACUUUCAGUCAAACUGAUCACUAGAUUCUGUAGACUUUGGACAUAGCUUUCAUCAUGAACGAAGAGUUAAUAAGAAUGGUACCCAAGCCAMCAGAAAGYCCAGRACAUGUUGAAUCCAUAUUUAGUUCGGAUUUGAAUUUAACACCGGAGAAACGACGACCCAAGCCAAACGAAUCGCGCAAACCAAAAACAAAAAGUCCCAAAAAACUAUCAGUUCCUGUUCUUAUAGAAAACCACGAGGGUACGGAACACAUACCAAGGUCAAGUUGCCURGUCCAGCCAGCGAUAAAUUCAUCUGCAAGAAUAAGUCUUAAGCUCCAAGAACUCCAGAGCACCAAAUUUAAUCCUGCAGUAGCCAUUGCYGAAGAGCUCCAAAACUCUGAAACAGCCAGGACAGCUUUGGCUGAGAAAGUCGCUUCUGCAGUGAAUGUGCGAAAGGACCAAAAAAAGUACACCGAUUUGAUCUCUCUCGAUUUAGUCCCCAAUGAUGUCAUCUACUCCCGCACUCAGCAGAGGGUACCUUUCAAGCCGAAAGUUACUAAAUCACAGGAUAAUGAACCUCAAAUAAUGGACUUCUUUUCUGAUGAUUUUGAAGAAGAAAAUGCAAAAUUUGAAUUUAGCUUGKUUGAUGAAGAAGAAGAGAUACCCAAUAUCCAUUUUGAGCAUGCUUURGACUUGUAUUCUCGCAUGUCAUGUUGGGAACACAGAUGGAAAUAAAUCACUUAUUAAAUGAA